UUAGGAGAAGCAAGGCGGACAAACCGAAGAACGAGACAAAACGUUACAUUUCGCCUCAUCAAAGCAAACAUGGAGCAACGGCUGAGAGUGGUUUCAAAGACCGAACGCCAGCUGAAAGUGUUGCCAUCGGAUGUGCUCAAAGUGAUUGUCGUGAAAAAGGAGGAGGAGGAGGAGCAGGAGGAAGAACAGGAGCCGCCUCGCGACAAAGACGAAGAGGAGCGACAGCAGCGGGGAGAGGCCGAGGCCACCGAAUUCCACGUGAAGACUGAUGAAGAUGAGGAUAACGAAGCCCAGUGGUCUCGUCUUCUUCGGCACAGUCAAAAAAUCCCACAACAACGAGCUGCCGAUGGAGGAUCACAAGCCGACUCCGUCUUGGCUCUGCUGUCAGAUUGUGAUGACUCGACUUCAGAAUACGACGACGCCGAUGACGAGGACGAGCGCAAAGAAGCUUCGAAGCGUCCUAAAGAGACGAAAAACUGCUGGAAGUGUUGCGAGUGCGAGAAGUGUUUUGUUCACGAGAAAAACCUGGAAAGACACAUGAGGAGUCACGUGGAGGAAACAAGUCUGACUUGUUCAUUCUGCAGUAAAAGCUUCAGGCAGCGUUCGGAUCUGAUUGUGCACGCUCGUAUCCACACGGGAGAGAAACCGUACUCGUGCUCGCUUUGCGCUGCCAGCUUCGCCCAGAAAGGAAGUUUGGUGAGGCACACCAGAUGUCACACUGGAGAAAAACCUUUUUCCUGCUCCGUGUGCGACUGCAGCUACCGCAGGCGCGCCGCUCUGGUCAAACACACGAGAACUCACACUGGAGAAAAACCUUUCGCUUGCUCCAUUUGCGCGAAGAGAUUCUCAGACAAGAAGAACAUGUCUGUACACAUGAGGAGUCACACGGGUGAGAAACCUUUUUGUUGCGCCGUUUGUGGCGAAAGGUUCUCAGACAAGAAGAAUAUGAUGAUCCACAUGAGGACGCACAGUGGGGAGAAACCUUUCUGCUGCACAGUUUGCGGCGAAAGAUUCUCUCAGAGGUGCAGUCUGAUGAGACACACGCGGACGCACACGGGGGAAAAACCUUUCUCUUGCUCUGUUUGUGGUAAAAGCUUCUCAGUGAAGAAAAACAUGAUGACGCACAUGCGCAUACACUCCGGAGAAAAACCUUUCUCGUGUCUCAUCUGUGCCAAAAGUUUCUCCUAUAAGAAAAACAUGACGACGCACGUGAGGACACACACGGGGGAGAAACCUUUCUCAUGUCCCGUUUGCGCUAAAAGAUUCUCCGAUAAGAAAAACAUGAUGAUACACAUGAGGACGCACACGGGAGAAAAACCUUUCCCAUGUCCUGUUUGCACGAAGAGCUUCUCCGUGAAGAAGAACAUGAUGAGACACAUGACAACUCACACUGGAGAGAAACCUUUCUCAUGCCCGCUUUGUCACGAACGAUUUUCUCAGAAGGGAAGCAUGAUGAGACACGCACGAAUGCACUAUGCAGACAAAAUGCACAUUCCUCAUUAUCCGCAAGGCCCGUCCAUUGCUCAACGGCCGCUGGCGACCCCGCGUCUUAUUUUGAAACGCUGUUACCGGAUGUUAGACGAACAGGGCGAAGAAGCCGAAGAGACCGAGACAACGCGUCGCCAGCAUUUGCUUUUCAAACCAGACAUGGAGGAGCACCCGAAUCUGGUUUCAAACCCCGAACACAAGUUGCAAUGUGAAGUGUUACCAUCAGACGUGUUCAAAGUGGUUGUUGUGAAAGAGGAAGAGGACGAAGAGGAGGAUGCUGACAUCACCGGCAUCCACGUGAAAAGCGAACGAGAAGACGAAGACAGGCGGUCGCCCGGGGGCGAUCACACCCGCGCACAAGUUGAAGGCGACGGCUCGGGCGUCAGUCUUCAGCCCGAAGAAGCCUCGUUAGACUCUUCCGGGAUAGACGUGGGCGACCACGCUCGGACGGGGAGCGCCCGGUCGCGCUCGGACGAUGCGCUGGCGUGCUCGCGGUGCGGCAAAUUUUUUUUGUCCAAGUUGAGCCUCAAGUGGCACGAAAAGAUCCACGCGGACAAACUCUUCACGUGCGUCGUUUGCUCCAAAAGUUUCCGUAAGCGUUCCGACCUGGUAGUGCACUUCCGCAUCCACACAGGGGAGAAACCCUACUCGUGCUCGCUUUGCGCUACCGGCUUCGCCAAAAGCAACGCGCUGGUGCAGCACAUGCGCACGCACACGGGCGCCAAGCCCUUCUCGUGCUCCGUCUGCGCCAAGAGCUUUUCCCAGAAGGGUCACAUGACCACGCACAUGCGCACCCACACGGGCGCCAAGCCCUUCUCGUGCUCGCUUUGCGGACGGACGUUCUCCGAGAAGGGCCACAUGACCCGGCACGUGGCGGCUCACUCCGGGGAGAAACCGUUUGCCUGCUCGGUGUGCGGGAAAAGGUUCUCGCAGAAAGGUCACGUGACCACGCACAUGGUGGCCCACACGGGGGAGAAACCGUUUAGCUGCCACGCCUGCCGACAGCGCUUCACGUGGCACUCACAGCUCAAAAGACAUAAGUGUGCGGCACACGAGAGCGCCACCUAAUGACCAAUACAAUGCUACCUUUUUAUCGCGGAAGCUCCAACAGCUGACGUCGGUCUGGUACGUUGUAAUUAUGCGACUGCAACGCUGCCCGAGUAGCGUUCCACAACUGACUGAUGACUCAACUCUAUAGUCCACUUUAUGAAAAUCCCUAUAUAGUGUCUCCGGGGUAUUCGAUGAAUCGUUUCAGCCCUCGAGUCAAUUAUAUAGGCCACUGUAGAAAAAUCCUUGUAUAGUGAUGAGGGAAUAGGAAAUGAGUGAAUCAUUCUGACUGCAGCGACUGCCAAAGUUUGGAAUCAUUUCUUGUUUAGUAAAAGAAGCUUAAGUGCAAUGUGUCUAAUGCAAAGUACAACUGGCUUAAGUUACACAACCGCACGUGUACGGUGAAGUAAACAUUGUUAGCUAAUUUAGUACAGCCUACCACUGCCAGUUAGAACUAAUUGUAAUCCAUAACAGGUGGUUUGGAUAGUGGGAGGAUGGAAACAGUCGCCGGUGCUCUUUCAGUCACUUUAUUGAACAAAUGGUAACAAAAUACAGUCAACACAAGUGUUUUCUUAUCUGACUAGCCGACGGCCUAACCACCCUGCACGCUCAUUGGCUAACGCUAAAACCGGUAAACAGCCAACCUUUUUGUACGUCUUCAUUUUCUGACUUCCACAUUGCUCAAUAGGCCAGGCCCGCCGUUUAAAGGCAUGCACACAUUCAGUGUCACAGAUACUACAGUGUAGAAUGUCAGUAUAGUGACCACAAGUGGACGAAAAUAAUAACUGCAUCUCACAUUCCAUAUGCAUAUAUUGUAUGUCAGUAUUACAGUAUAUGCAUGAAGCUUUUCAGGAAAGAAACUAUACAAUAAACAAUUGUUUUCUUCUUUGCUGAUUUUGUUUAUUGCAGGGGUAGUCUGUUUCAGGUACAUUCUGAA